AUGGAUGAAUCCUCUUGCCCCAGCAAUCGCACGUGGGUCGAGGGGACGCGCCAAAGCCUCCAUUGCACGGCCCAGGGGAACCCCAGGCCAACGGUGACCUGCGCGAAAGACAGCAUCGUCCGCGCCACGGACAAAGAGGAGUGGAUCACUCGGGACCACGAGGGCAUUUAUAACUGCACAGCCGCGAGUAAGCUCGGUGCCGUUGUCAGGAUGGUCACGGUCCAUGUGGAAUUUGGGCCUCAGCUGGACGAAUCCCACUGCCCAGGCAGCCAAACCUGGGUGGAAAGGAAGCUGCAGCAACUCAACUGCCAAGCUGACGGGGUGCCCACCCCUGAGGUCUCCUGCUUCAAAGACGGCGUGGUGUACGACACUGAGGAACUGCACAAUGUCACCCAAAGCCACGCUGGAGUCUACCACUGCAAUGCCACCAACGCCCACGGAUCAAGCAGCAAGGCUGUCACCGUCACGGUGGAGUACGGGCCUGAAAUGGACGAUGCCAGCUGCUCCUAUAAUUGGACGUGGACGGGAGGGACAGAGCAGAAUUUUGUCUGUUCUGCACGGGGCAGCCCGGAACCAACAGUGGAAUGUGUGAAGAAUGGCGUCGUUUACAACCUUGGGGUGCCCCAGCGCGCCUCCAGAGAACACGGCGGCACCUAUCGCUGCACAGCCACGAAUGCACACGGCUCUGUCGCCAGGGAUGUCCACAUCCUAGUGGAAUAUGAGCCAGAAAUGGAUGAAUCCAGCUGUCCGAGUAACUGGACCAUGGUGGAAGGGGCAGUGCCCGCUUUUGCCUGCCACGCUGAAGGGGUACCACCCCCCACAGUGGUAUGUACCAAAGACGGCAUGUCAUAUCACCUCAGCCAAGGAGAAGAGAUCCCUGUCCACAACGGGACCUUCUGGUGUAACGCUACAAACCGCCAUGGGACAACCUCCAAGUCAGUCACGGUGGUGGUUGAAACCAAGCCUAAGAUGGACGAGUCCAGCUGCCCCAGCAACCAGACCUGGCUGGAGGGGACCCUGCGGUCCCUGGCCUGUGAAGCCAAUGGGACCCCCACCCCGCUGGUCCUUUGCUUCAAGGAAGGAGCCCCCGAGGAGGUCCACCGAGAGCAGAACGUCAGCAGGAACGACUCGGGGGUCUACCAGUGCAAGGCAACGAAUGGACACGGGACGGACCGGUGGACGGUGAUGGUGCAGGUGGAAUACAGGCCCACAAUCUCCCUUCUGGCCGUCAGUGCUUCUUUGCCCAUCCGAAGGGGAAUGAGCUUCAACAUCACCUGCCAAGCUGAUGGGACCCCACCUGUCGUCUACACCUGGAGGGUUCCUCCAGCUUCCAACCUCAACUAUGUUGGCUUCAACAACACCGUAACCAUCACUGGGGCAGGUGGACAGAAUAGUGGUAUCUAUGAGUGUAUGGCCAGCAACAAACAUGGUCAGCACCUGAGCCAGGUGGAAAUCCAGGUGAAAGAGCACUGGCUCUAUAUUAUCGUCAUCGUUGCCAUCGCUGGGGCCGCCAUGUUGGUGCUGGGCGGGAUGGCAGGGGUGAUCUACUACCUGAAAUCCACGGCCUGUAAGAAAGGCGAGUACAACGUUCGCGACGCAGAGAAUUCGACCGAAGCCACCUGUCUCAACCGUGAGAGGGCCUGCGAUGGGGAUAUCUACGGCAUACAGCUUACGAGGACCUGAAGAAGACAGCAGGUACGCUAAGCAGAGACGGAGAAGCCAAGGGGAGAGUCCUCGCUG